AUGAAUAGAAAGUCCAAGAUGAUGAGAGAAGAAAUAUGGAAGUUGCACAACAAGGGGGUGCUCGGUACGGUUAACAACCAUAAUUGUUCACUCGUCGAGCAAGUACGAGAAAAGAUUGGUAGGGCCAUAGAAGAAGCAAAAAAAGACAAUCCUUGUUUGAGUGUAAGAAAUGAGCCCUCUCGAGAUAAUCGGAUGACAACCGAGAAACGAGAUAAGAGAAAAAAAAUGGUGUAUUUGGCGGAGAAUAAGGAUUAG